CGAUUCUUUCCCUGUUUUUUGUCGUAGCCAGUCAGAUAAUCAAACAUCAAAAAAGUGUUUUCAAGUGAUUUAAACACGUCCUUUUUGUUUCUGUAAUAUUAUAUAACACAAGAAACAAAUAAGUGUAGUCUUUAUCCAUCGGGUGCAAUUGUGUUUCCAUAGAAAAAUAUAGAACACAACGUGUUGCUAGUUAGCUACGCAGCUGAUGCAGAUAGCGUCAUCGGCUGUGUGCUAAAUUACUCCCUACUCCCUACUCCUUAUGUAGUGUAACAAUGGCUUCCGUAGCAUAUCUAGGGCACUUGAUAUCUAUAUUAGAGUUAAAUCGGAUACAGCCGGUAUUCUUCAUGCUUGGGUGCUGUGUUUGUUUUAACAGACAGGAGAGUUUUUUGACGAUUUCUCACAACAGAUAAAUGAAAGAAAGCAUCGACAGUUGAGGAAAAAGCAACUCCCACUCCAAAACUAUCCAGUGAACUUGUCAUAAAUGUUUGAGAGACCUGAAUUUGUUUCAGAAUGUCAUCCACCUUUAAUAGUUAGUGUAGACACAGAAGUCUAAAAUCUGAUGAACGAUGUCAACCGAAGAUGCAGGGGAUCGUGGGAAAGAACGGGAACGGGGCGCCCGUCCCAAAGUGCGUCAGAGCCGGUCCGAGGAACGGCAGGACGGAGGGAGGCGGAAAGGAGGCAGGGGUAAACGGAAAGGUCGCUUGGCUCACGAAGCCAUAUCUGACCGGCCAGUCAGUGACGGCUUUGAAUACGGUGAUCUCUUAAAUGGGCUGGAACCCAGAAACGGAAGUUCUUCGUUCCGUGAGCGCCGGUGGCGUCAAGUCCUCAGCUCACCCGCAUCCUCGUUGACAGAGAAAGUAUCAGCCAGGAUAUCUCAAAACACUCCAAGCGAUGAUCAGACAGUGCCGGAGACCAGCAGCAAGUCUUCCAGUGGCAGUCGUACCCUCAGGCAGAAGAUUCAGGAUGCUGUAGGUCAGUGCUUUCCCAUCAAGACCCACAGUGGACCUUCCGCCUCAGAGCAGGGCAUCCCAGUAUCUCCUGUCCCAGCUUCUUCCCGGCGAAAGAUCCAUCUAAGUGAACUCAUGCUGGACAGCUGCCCAUUUCCACCUGGCUCAGAGCUUGCCCAGAAAUGGAACCUGAUCAAGCAGCAUACCGCUCCUAUUUCCCAACCACCCAUACUUGACACUCUUUCUGGCACUGGAGCGUCGAUGUCAGUGGGCACUAUUUCUGCAGCUACCGUAGUCGAGGAUGAGGAUGACCGCUUACGAGAGAGGCGGAGAAUCAGCAUCGAACAAGGUGUCGACCCGCCACCCAAUGCACAGAUCCAUACGUUUGAGGUGACUGCACAAAUCAACCCACUGUACAAGCUCGGGCCCAAGUUGGCACACGGAAUGAACGAGUUGGCUGGAGAUGACCGGGCCACUCUACAGCAACAGCAGCACAUGCUGCAGAGGCAACAGCAACACCACCAAAUGCUUCUCCAGAGCUGCUUGGACACCCUAGACGAGGUUGUCGCAUCUUCCUCGGGAUCUGCCCCAUCCUUCUCUACCGAAUCCCAUCCGGAUUCAGAUUCCUCCUCAUCAUCUCCGUGUUCCAUGACGAGAGGGUCUCUGGUAACAGCAGAGCACUUCAAACCUCCAGAUGGCCACCAUCGUGCCCACACACAGAUUGACUACAUCCACUGUUUGGUGCCUGAUCUCCUCCAGAUCACCAACCUGCCGUGUUACUGGGGGGUCAUGGAUCGCUAUGAGGCCGAGACACUCCUAGAAGGCAAGCCUGAAGGAACAUUCCUUCUUCGUGACUCAGCUCAAGAGGACUACUUGUUCUCUGUUAGCUUCCGGCGCUACGGACGGUCUCUGCAUGCCCGUAUCGAGCAGUGGAACCACAACUUCAGCUUUGAUGUACACGACCCCAGCGUGUUCCAUGCACCUACGGUCACAGGCUUGCUGGAACACUACAAGGACCCCAACUCAUGUAUGUUCUUUGAGCCGUUACUCUCAAACCCCAUCCAUCGCACUCGGCCAUUCAGCCUCCAGCACAUUUGUCGUGCCGUCAUCAGCAGCUGCACCACAUAUGAUGGCAUCAGUGCCCUGCCUAUCCCCAAUGCCCUCAAGGAGCACCUGAAGGAAUAUCAUUACAAGCAGAGGGUUCGUGUACGGAGACUUGACACUGGGUGGGAGGUGAAAACCUCGGUGUGUGAUUUUUGCUAACUUCUACCAUGGCCAGUAAAAACUGUCAGCUAAUUCAGCACUCCUAAUGCAAGCAUGCUAACUGCAAUGCGAGCAGGAAAAUCUUCCGUUUUAAAUGAAAGCAUUUAAAUUUCUUCAGUAUAAAACCAUGGUAAUCCUAGCUUGUAUGAACCACUGAUCCACAGAACCAAAUCAUUGUUAAUCUGACAAACACUGUACCACUUGAUUACUAAUUUAUACCACAUGCAGUGUAAACUAGCACUUUGUGGGUAGAAUCAAAACCCAAGUGUUCUAAUGCUAAUCCAGGGAAGAACUGCGAUAAACUUCAGAACCGCCACUAGCACUGACAAACUAGCAACUCCUAGCAUGCUAACGCAUGCUAACACUAACAACUGCACGACGUGGUUGCCAACCGAUACCAUGACAAGUUAAACUAUAGUGAUAGAGCUAGCAUGAAUCAACCAUUGCAUGUCAGUCUAGCACAUUAAAAUGCUAAGCUGUUUUAAUGACAACAUUGCAUUUCAACUGGCCUUGAAAUGAUAUUAUGAUGUUUCAGAGCUAUUUGUGCGUGCCUUGUGUAUAUAAGCAAAAUGUUACACUCAUGGGGUGGGGCAUGGAUAAACCCCUGUUAACCCUGGCUAGCAUGUUGCAGAUUGCUAUGAAAUAAACCAGUUAGCGUAUUCACACCAAUCAAAUGGCUUUGAAUUAUUGUUAACAUAAAAAGCUAGCUAACUAACCAAUAAACCUGUAAUUAAGUCCAGGUAGCCGAUUCUUUAGCUUACAGCUUUGGGUAAUUUGAUGGAUUUGGUAAAAUAAUUCAACUCAACACAUGUACCUAGAUUUCUAUCGGGUGAAAAAAAGGUUAUUUCAAGGAAUAUCCUAAAAAAAAAAAAAAAGUGCCACUUAUGUCCAAGGACCAGUGGUUUAUGUCUAGUAGUUUAAAAGCUUAAAUCACAAAGAGUAAUAUCAGAUUCUUAGUUGCUGUCGAUGUCCAAUGAGUAAUACCUUAAAGAAAAUCUUGUCUCAGAUUGCAAACGAUGACAAAAUACUUCACAUUAAAGCUUUGCCCCACCUCUAAACAGCAUCCCAUUGUAGAAUUGUGGGCAUGAGACAAUAUCUAUACAACAACCAAUUAUUUGUUACGUUUCACCUACCAGUUCCACAUACCGGCUCACGUUUAGCCCCUGAAUUUCUGUUACAUCAUGAAGUCAAUAUUCUGCAGAACAUUCCAGACCUGCUGAUAAAUCUUCAUAUUUUGUCCUGCUGUAACAAAACAUUCAGUUUGUUACAUCUUUCGAGGAUGAAUGUAGAACAUUUUAAAGAUAUUCAACUGUGGAUGAAUGAAGUUUACAACACAAGUUAAUGACUGUAGCAGUUUUGUACAAUUUCUAGAAGAAAGCAAAAGGAGUUGUGCUUCACCUUGAGGGCUAGUGCUGCCUUUACUUGCCUGGAACUCCAUAUUUGAAGGUUAUUGUAUGCACUAUUCCCUUACACAUGUCUCGGCAUAAAUAAAUAACCAGCAGCAUUGAUUAGACAUGUCUAGAAUAAUCAUACUGGGCUUGUUGGCAUCAUAAUUUUUGAUGUAUCCUAUGCCUGAUUAUUGGCACAUGCCUAGCAAGGGUUAAUAUGAUUAAUCUGAUAUAAUUAUUUAUUUAUGGAAAGCUUCCAAACCUGCUGUAUACACACACACACACACGCACACACACUGUACACACAAUGAGAUGCUCUCUUCAGAGUCUUAAGAACUGUAUAACAACUGUAUUUAUUGUUAGUGUUUUAUUCUUGUUUUGAAAUUGCCUGAAUUUUUAUUUUAUUUUUAUUUGGAUGGUGGCAGUUUGUGAUGAGAACAUUUCACUGCAAAACUUUCUAAAGCUUUGAGCUGCAUAUGUGAGCUUGCUAAAUGCAACAGCAUACAAAUGAAGUUUCAAGUUUGGUGCUCUGGGUUAAUAUCGUUUUUUGGGGUUUUUUUUAAUGCGCCUUCUGUUGAAUCCCCUGCACUAUCCAAAAUGUCUUGACUUUUUUUUUUAUUUGAAUGCAAUUUGCUACAUGACUAAUGGUUGAGACUCUUGAGUAAUGUAGACAUCGGCCGUCUCACACGCUUUGCAUCUUAAAAUGGUAAAAAGCAAAGAAAAAGGCAAUUAAAGCCCUUAAACUGGCGGCGAAAUAGAAUCUAAAACAGUUCGCUGGUAUGUAUUCAUUUAGCUAGUUAGCUCAUUUGCUAGGUGAAAGGUUUGGGAGAAAUCUGAGGGGGAAAAAAAUAGAUAGAUGUGCUCAAGCUUUUGGACUAGCUAGCUAACUGCCAACGUGUUGUCUCUAUAUUUCAAAGGCAAUUGAUUAAACUAUAACUUUUAGAAUAUUUAUAUAAUAUAGUUAGCUAUGCUAGCUAUUUGGCACCUCAUAUAGGUUUGCUAUGGUUUGUUUUUGAUUUUCGUAAUGAAUUUGAGUCAUACAAAGGAGCCAACGAAGGCGCAUCGAUCAACUGGAACACCAGUUAAAAAUAUUUAUUUUCUUAUUUAAAUGCUAUUUUAAUUUUGCUGUUUCACUUGCUUUCCAGUCCUUUGUGUUAUUUUGGGACCACAAUGAACAUCUGCUGAACAAAUAAACACACUAACUUUGAA